CCCUCGCAGAGGUUCUCAGAGAUUAUCUGAGCCACUAAAGCUGCCGGAGGUGGCCUUCUUCCUGACACCCCACUGGUUGGGAUGGCAUGUGCGCAGGUUGAUGUGCCUAGGAGGGAGGGCGGCUCUCGGUGGGGGGCGGGUUGACCUUGCGGAGGAAUACGCAUGUGCAGGGCUUGGAAUGAGUUUGAAUGAAGAGGCGGGUCCAGCCCAUCAGCCGUAGUUUUCCCCUCGGUCGGAUCGUCCAGGAUUCGGGAACCGCUGUGGGAAGGACAGCUGCAUCUUCUAACAACCUUACAAUGUCUGCAUGUUGUGGCUGUUGCUUUUACAAAAAAACAUAAAAAUAUUCUUACUGACAGAGCCGUGAUUACAAGAGAACAACAAGACUGUAUUUUUUGGAAGCUCAGAAUACAGCACUGACUAUGCGCAGACAAUCUAGACAAAUUAUAAACACCGUUGCUGACGUCAAAGAAAAUAUGGAAGGAAUUAUUGAAGAAGAUAGAGAGGUUUCUUCUAUGCCUGUUUCAAAAGACAAGAUUGUCAGAGUGGAUGAAUCAAAAAGCACAAAGGUUUCAGAAAUGGAAAAUUUAAAUGGCAGGAGCCCCACAAAUGUGCAGAAACCCAGAGUGAAAUGCAAUAAAUAUGUGGGGAGAAAAUCAUAUCAGAAUAGUAAGGAUGAUAGUAAACUGACAGUUAAUGAAAGCCUUUCUGUUAAACAAACAGGAAACUUACUUGAACCUUCCUUGUCCUUUUUGACAUUAGACAAACUGCAAAGUCCUUUUUCAGAAGGCAGACCUACAUUUUUGGGUGCUGCAAGCUAUCUGACACCAAACAAAAGUGAAGCAGAUGUAAAACCGAAUUGUGGAACAUCGGAGAAACUAAUGAAGAAACCUAUUGAUUUUGCUAGUGUAACAAUAGCUGAAUUUGGGAUUACUCCAGAGUCUUUUACUGCUAAGCCAUCUGUAGGGAAAUACAUGGCUUUAAAACUUAGGCGCAGAUCUACAAUUGGAGUACGGGGUUCCCCUGAAAAUAAUAGCCUUAUUCGAUACCUUGCCCAACAAAGGAGGAACAGAACCGAAGACCCUUUCACAAAGCAGGCCAGCCCUUUUAAACAUCAAAAUGUUGGCUCGUUAAAGGAUAAAAUAUCUGCCUUCCAAUCAUCUUUUCAAUCAGCGCAAGAGGACGAAGAGAGGGCUUGCUUUCCUGGGCUCUCGCAGGAGGAGAGUGUGUCCCAGGCAGCAGGUUAUUCUCAGAACAAACCACCUUUUACAAAACAGCAUGAACAGUUGCAGUUGAGUGAAGAGUUAGCAUCUGAACGCAAGAGAGUUGCGUACAGGGAAAACUGGAAAGAAAAAUUAACUAAUGGUGAUAAAACUCCAGCCAGUAUCCAGGUAUGCAAGAUUGUCUCUCCACCAGAGGAGGUGCCCAUCACUGAAACUACUACUGCUACAAUUUCAAAGGAAAUUCCCCGUACGCCACCAAUUACUGAAUCUGGAAUCUUAUCUUUAGAGAUUAUUCCACUAACGGGCAUCCCAAAGACACCACGCAAUAUUACUUCUGAGUGCAUCAGUGAGGAAGUUGGAGGUAAUACUGGAUCGCAGCUAAGCAGAAAGAAAGUUACCUUUGCAGAAGAACUGAGCUUGGAGAUAUUUGAUGAAACCAUGCCACCUGUUACGCCACCACAAAAGGGAAACCUUCCAUCCAGUGAACAAUCACAUAACGGCUCCUCCUGCCUUCGAUCUGUUCUGAAGAAAACACCAGUAAAAUUACUGAUGGAGAAUGUGAAGGAACUCGUAAGCAAUACUACUGGCAUGGAAGGAAAUGAACCUCUUUUAUUCUCUGAUCUCUCAAGAAGUUGUGAAGAACUGCAAACAGAUAGAAACAAUACUAAAACAAUAGACACAACAGAUGAGUACAGCUCUGAAAAGCCAAUGAAGAGAAAGAAGGUUACUUUUGGAGAGGAGCUAAGCCCAGAAGUAUUUGAUAAAACCUUGCCUGCAAAUACACCAUUGCAUAAAGGAGCGACCCCAAUCAGUAACCCAGGCUCACAAAGCGAUAGCCCUUCCACAGUAAUAAGUCCUAUGAGAGAACCUUUAUCCCAGCCAAAUUUUGAUGACUGUGAUGGUGAUGAUGAAUAUGUUAAGCCUCUUCAAGAGUCUGUAGCAGUCCCUGAGAAUAGGAAAGUGUAUUUAACAGAAAUGAAUUCCUUUGAUAACAAAAACUCUUGUACCAGAAUAACCCGGUCCUCUACUAAAAGAAAGUAUAUCAACAUUUCAGAAGAGACUGGUGUUACCAUCUCGACAGAUAUAACGGCCAGAAAUGCUCAAGAUAUUAAAAAUCUAAGAAAGAGCAAGGUUCAAAGAGGAAAGGAAAACAAAUCUGCCCCCAAAAGGAUAUCCAAGGUAAAACUUAGAGGUUAUGGAGGAAAAAGAGGAAAGAAAAAGGUAGAAAAAUCCUUGUAUGGUCAGAGAGAAGUAGCUUCCAAGAAACCUCUUUUGAGCCCAAUUCCUGAGAUCCCAGAGGUCUUCUCUUCUGCACCAUCUUCUCCAAACUCACCUAAGACACACAUUCUGCUCUUCUCAGAUUAUUCCAAAUCCAGCAAUGUACACAUAGGAUCUAUGAAUGAAGUCGCUGAACAGAAAAAAGUGGUUGGAAGAAUCAAAAGGAAAGUGCCUAUAACAAACAAACGUCCAAACACUAAAGAACUUGACAUUGUAGAAGCCAGCAGCACCAGUGGCAUUGAGUGUCAGUCAUCAGAUAGUGGCCCUGAUCCUGCUUCAACCAUUAAUAUUGAGGUGCUUAAUAUACAGGAAAACAUUCAAACAGAAAAUGAGCUGGGAUCAUCCUUAAUGUCACUAGAACAGAAAGAGAGUGAUGUUUGUGUGAAUAAUCAGACCAGUGAAGAAGACCGCAAUAAGACCAGCUGUCAGCAGUCUGAGCCCAGUCUUAUGAGAGAACACACUUCACCUAUCAUUGUAAAAUCAAAUUCUCUCUUGCCACUACUAAACACUAUUAUGCAAGAAAUUAAGAGCACUUCCCCACUUGAUACAUCUGACAACAAAGAACAUGAAAAAGUGAGAGAUGUCUUAAUAGAAAAUGAAUGUGUACUGGAAAGUGAUCAUCCUUCAAGUAACUCAGAGAUGCUAAAUGAGCUAGAGUUCUUAAACCUGCAGGACAUCAGUGUAAGUGAAAAUGCUCAAACUGGAUGUUCUGUUACAGACUUUGCAAGAGAACGAACAGCUGACAGUGAUGCCAAUCUUAAAAGGUUCAAAAGGCCUUCAAGAAAAGGCAGAAGCACUAUGUACCUUUCUGAACUUGAGAAUCUCCAUUUUGAAGCAUUUGGAAACAAUCUCUCUAGUUCUUAUUCUAAUGAGCAAGAACCCCGAAUAGAAAAUGACUCAGAAAUGUUUAGUGAUCUACAUUACUCUAUAGAACAGUCCUUCUUGAAGGCGAAUGAGGAUCAUGAAAAAAAGGUAAGACGGAGUAUGAGGCUGCAUAAAAAUGCAGAAAAUGAGGGACUUGCGUGGAUUAAAAUACCUACUGAGAUUCACAAGAACUCUUUGUCAGAUUCUGCUUGCAAAUCGAGGAGGACGAUGUCUGCAUCCAUCUUUAAAGAAUCUGAGAACAUUCAUCAAAGACAAGAAAAUUGGAUCCAAUUUUCAGCUUUGGGGAAAGAGAACAAUGAAUGUGUUCCUGUUGCAGGGGGUUCUUGCAAAACACGCAGGAGGAGCAUGUGUGCAUCCGCUUCCCAGGAAACCAAAAAUAUAACUCAAACACGGAAAAAGAGAAGGGCAAGCCUUGUGUACAGUAAUAAAAAUUACCAAAAGGAGUCUGAAGUGGAAGUAUCCUUUGAGAACCAUCCUAAUGCCUAGGCAGAUUGGGCCAUCCAUUUUUUUUUUUUUUUUUUUUUUAAGGUCAGUAUUUGAAUGUAGAUUUUCUUUGGCUUCAAUUCAGUUAUCUGUAUUUAAGUUUCACUUAAGUAAUGCCCUAUUUCUAUUUCUCUGGUCACAGACAUUUGUAUAAGUAUUCAGUUUAUUUGUUCGUUUGCCAAGUAACCUAAAUUGUCCUUUAGCUUGAGUUUCAAAAUGCUUGGCGAAACAACUGAAGAAAAGCUAGCUCAGCAUUGAGAGUACAGGUGUAUUAGUCAGCAAUGAUGGGCAAACAAGGGUGAAGUUUUAAUCUCUU